GUGGUCCCCAGGAAAGGGGGAGGUUCCAGGUUCCCUGCCCCACCCAAGGAAGGGUGGAGCUGAGCAGGAGGAGAAGAAGCUGCAGAAGAGACUGAGGAAGGAAGCAGGAUGGAGCAAGGAGACCUGGAGGAGGCGCAUGGAGCCUAGAGACACGUGAAGAAACUGCGCUUGUCUUUUGGUCGUGGACUAGGUGACACAGAUGUGGGGUGAAGUAUGCAGUUUGAUCAGCAAGAAGUAUAGUGAAUUCUUGCCUAGCAUGCAGAGUGCACAGGACCUGGUUACACAGGUGGAUAAACUGUCUGAAGACAUUGACCUGCUGAAAUCCAGGAUAGAGAGAGAGGUCCGCAGAGAUCUUCAUGUAUCAACUGCUGAAUUUACAGACUUGAAGCACCAGUUGGAAAGAGACUCAGUAGUCCUAAGUUUGCUUAAACAGCUGCAAGAGUUUUCUACGGCUAUUGAAGAGUAUAAUUGUGCAUUAACAGAGAAGAAGUAUGUCUCUGCUGCUCAGCAUCUAGAAGAGGCACAAAAAUGUUUGAAGUUAGUAAAAUCUAGAAAAUGCUUUGAUUUAAAAAUCUUGAAAUCUCUCAGCAUGGAGUUCACUAUACAGAAACAGAACAUACUUUAUCACCUUGGAGAAGAGUGGCAGAAACUGAUUGUAUGGAAGUUCCCACCAUCAAAAGAUACCAACAACUUGGAAUCUUGCCUACAAACAGAACUUCAUUUAUAUACGGAGCAAUCUCAAAAAGAAGAGAAGACUCCUGUGCCUCCAAUUAGUUCUGUUCUUUUGGCAUUUUCUAUUCUUGGGGAGCUACAUACCAAGCUUAAAUCAUUUGGUCAAAUGCUGCUGAAGUAUAUCCUUAGGCCUCUGACCUCUUGCCCAUCCCUUUAUGCUGUGAUAGAAACUCAGCCCAAUAUCAUUACCAUUCAUUUUGAAUCUGUGAUGACUGACUUAGAACAUCCACCACCAUCUGAAGUUUUUUCAAAGAUAAGACUGGUACUGGAAGUGCUACAGAAGCAACUUCUAGAUUUACCUCUUAAUAAUGACCUAGAAAAUGAAAAAACACCUAAGAUCACUUUGGCUGAGAUGCUUGGUGACAUGAUCUGGGAGGACUUGUCUGAGUGCCUCAUUAAAAACUGUUUGGUUUAUUCUAUCCCAACAAAUAGCAGCAAGUUACAGCAGUAUGAAGAGAUCAUACAGUCCACUGAAGAAUUUGAAAGUGCCCUAAAGGAGAUGAAAUUUUUAAAAGGAGAUACUACUGAUUUGCUAAAAUAUGCCCGAAAUGUCAAUUGUCAUUUUGCUAACAAGAAGUGUCAGGAUGUGAUUGUGACAGCUAGAAACCUAAUGACCUCUGAAAUUCACAAUACUGUGAAGAUUACUCCUGAUUGUAAGAUAACUGUACCAGACUUACCCAGUCCUGAUGAAGAUAACAAGCUAGAAGUACAGAAAGUGUCCACAACUCAGUAUAACAAAGUUAUGAAUUUAGAACCUGAAAAUACAUUGGACCAACAUUCCUUUUCUUUGCCAACAUGCCGCAUCAGUGAAUCUGUAAAGAAGUUAAUGGAACUUGCUUAUCAGACUUUACUAGAGGCAACAACCAGCAGUGAUCAGUGUGCUGUUCAACUUUUCUACUCUGUGAGGAAUAUCUUCCAUUUGUUCCAUGAUGUCGUACCAACGUAUCACAAGGAGAACCUUCAAAAAUUGCCCCAGUUGGCUGCCAUUCACCACAACAACUGCAUGUAUAUUGCUCAUCACUUGCUGACCCUGGGACAUCAGUUCAGAUUACGACUUGCCCCCAUUCUUUGUGAUGGCACAACUACUUUUGUGGAUCUUGUUCCUAGCUUCAGGAGACUUGGGACAGAGUGUUUUUUGGCUCAAAUGCGAGCACAGAAAGGAGAACUACUGGAAAGAUUAUCAAGUGCUAGAAAUUUUUCAAACAUGGACGAUGAAGAGAAUUAUUCUGCAGCAAGUAAAGCAGUCCGGCAGGUACUACACCAACUAAAGAGACUUGGAAUUGUGUGGCAGGAUGUCCUGCCAGUGAAUAUAUAUUGCAAGACUAUGGGAACUUUACUCAAUACAGCAAUUUCUGAGAUCAUUGGAAGGAUCACUGCCCUAGAGGACAUCUCCACUGAAGAUGGUGAUAGAUUAUAUUCCUUAUGUAAAACAGUGAUGGAUGAAGGACCCCAAGUAUUUGCACCUUUGUCUGAAGAAAGCAAGAACAAAAAAUAUCAAGAAGAAGUUCCAGUCUACGUGCCAAAAUGGAUGUCAUUCAAAGAGCUGAUUAUGAUGCUACAAGCCAGCCUGCAAGAAAUUGGGGAUCGGUGGGCAGAUGGAAAAGGGCCCUUGGCAGCUGCAUUCUCAUCCAGUGAAGUAAAAGCUUUAAUUCGUGCCUUGUUCCAGAACACAGAAAGAAGAGCGGCUGCCCUUGCUAAGAUUAAAUAGCUCCAUCUUCCUGAGAAAGCUAUGUCUUAACUAUUUGGAUUUCUCUCUUCGCAUACUUAUUCCUUUAAAGACUUCACCAAAACCAGUGGCUUAAUACCCACUGGUUUUGGCCUAUUACCUAUUGGUUUUGGUGAACCAAUUCAUCAUGGAAGUUUGAUUUCACCUAAGAACACCUUACGUCCUGGGCUGGAUGAAGCUUUGUUGAAGAACUGGAUGUUGAGAUGUCAAGUGAAGUACCUCAAUUUGUUGACUUUCUAGCACCCUUUCUUGAUAAGAAACUAUAAAGCAACGUUAUUUCAUGUUGCUUCCAGGGCCCUCUGGGAACUGUAUUUAUCAUAAAUGUAGGCCCUGACUUCAGAUCAAGGAAUCUAGGAGAUUCCAAGAGUCGGGGAAAAGAAUUUAUAAGCAAAUGGGAGAUAUAUUUUGGGGAAUUGGAUGUGGGUAGUAGCUCAACCACAUUUGGCCUUGUCGGACACAAAGAGACUUCCUUUAAUAUUUCUUUCCAAUAAAUAAUGCUUUCCAGAGUUAAAGGUGAGUGUUUUUAAUGACACAGGAGCUUUGACAAAGAGACCAGGUUUUAGCUUCUAUGUUAUUUUUUUAUUGACGUGGAUUAACCUUCUAGAGGACUCAUUGACUGGUUGUCUUUUUUCACAUCACUACUUAAUUUCUCAGAAUUUGUAGGACUUCUAAAACUUUUUAAAGGAUAGAGCUUGCGGGUUUUUGCUGUUUCAACUAGAAUCUGUUUUCUUGCUUAGAUAUUUUUUGCCUUCUCAGGUUCCCAUUUCUGUACCUUAAUAAAUGACAAAGGAUUUAAAUUACUAUUGUAUCUUUAGCAUGUGUGUGCCAUGAGAAGCUAACUCUGAGCUCUAUAGCCUAAUCCUUUAUUUGGUGGACGUAGGUAAUCCUUCAGCAACAUUUUGUGUGUUUCAUUCUUUGCAGGCUUUGGAAGUAUGUAUUAAGGUUCUCCUCUACCUCUGCAGGACUCUGGGUCGUAUCUCUUCAUACUGGAUUAUGUAUGGCUUCCUCUGAAAAGAGGCUAAGUGUUUUGCCCUUUAUGUACUUUUGAGGCAAGUAAUCUGUAAAGGAAUUUUUCAGUGCAGUGGGCUUGCUUUAGUCUCCUGGCAUCCGUAGUGCAAACUUUUUCCUCUUGCCUUCAAGUGUUCUUCCUUACUCUCUCAUUCUUAGUCAAUCUGGUUAGUUUUUCUUUUUCCAUUUAGGGGUCUUAGAAGAACUAAUAAGAAAGAAGAAGACUGGUUUUCUUUUUAUGAUUCAGCUGUGGUUAAUGACAAGCUAUUUGUCUGUAAUCAGUACAUCCUACCAUGAAAAGUCACAGAAAAAAGAAUCAUCUAACUCAACUUUAGUAUUGUGAGAACAAAGAAGUUGUCUUUCUUCAAAGAGAAGGAAUGGGCCAUUUCAUAGAUGAAAGAAAUACUGUUUUUGAAAAUUCACACAAUUUCAGGUAGCAUUCUUUUCUCAGCAAUUGAGAGGCUGGGGAACUAAGGACAGAACUGAAAUAAAUGCAUCAUAGGACUAUUACAUAGAACAGCCAAUUUCUUUUGUUCAAGAAGCUAUUCCUGUUACUUGACAGGUACAGCAAUUUGGAGGUGGGAUCCCUUAUAACUGAAUAGCAUGCUCCUCCUUCCUACCCUCAGUAGCACAGGAAACUGCAUUACAGUUCUGAGGCAGUUUAGAUUCUGUCUCUUGGGACUAUUUUCUCUAAUGAAUAGUUUGAAUACCUUGGCACACGGAGCAGCAGACUCCAUCCUCUUUCCUGGCCAAAGCCACAGAUGUAAAUGAUUAAGUGGACAUUCAUUCGAGUUAGGAGUGAGCCAUCUGAUUGAGCACAGAGGCAUUUGGUCUGGCAGCUUUUACAGGGACCUUUAAAACCUGAAUAAGAAUGGGAAUAGAACCUUCUUCCUUUAGAAAGAACAUGUAGAUUAUGGGAAAAGGAAUUUAAGAGGAUUAAGUGUAGUGACUCUCUGGGCCAACUCAAAGAGACCUCUUCCCAAAUAACAGCUAGAACUGUACAAGUGACUUUUAGAAAUAAAAUGCAAUAAUGAAGCCUCAAGAUUUCAGCAAAUAGGAGAUUUUUGUUAAAAAGGCAAAUUGGCAAACCUAAAUCUAUAAGCUGACUUGACAGUGUUGGUGACCUGCUCCAUGGUCAGCUUUGCACUUGGAUUUCUCUCUGAAAUGGAGAGCCUCCAGAUGGCACUCUUUGCUCAGGUCUGCGUGCAUCACAAGGUACCUGGAUCUGGUGUGUGGAAAUGGAAGACAGGCAGCUUAUCUGUUUUAUACUGGGCUUAUCUUCUGGUGUUGGUCAGCCAGAUUCUGAAUAGUAUCUAUACUAAUAGCUGCAACAUGUUGCUGAACAAUCAUUUGUGAGUUGGUCACUGGCAUUUAUAAGUAAUACUGUUUUUUUUUCUUAAAAGAUUUAUUUAUUUAUGCGUACAAGAGCUGGGGCACAGACCAGAGGUGUGGGGGGCAAGAGGACCCGCGAGAGACAGAGUGGGGAACAGAACAGGAAGAUGAACUGAAAUACACUGCUGAGAGGAGCAGUGGGUGAGACAGGAGAGGUCUGCUGUGCCAUAGGGUCACUUCCCUGGCAUGGGAUCGAACUCGUGUUGCAGUGGCUGUGGACAGUUUCAUAGGUGGCAUCCCAACCCCUGCGCCACCAGGAAGGCCCAAGUAACACUGUUUUUGCUAUCACUUAAGGCAAUGAUUCUCAGCCUUUUGUAGGGUUUCAUUUUGUUGCUUAUCUGAUUUUGCCUAUGUUCUGAAAAUUUUGAGUGGUGUGCACACACACAUCCCCCUAGGAUAUUUACGUGAUAAAGAAACUGGCCCAAAGACAUAAUUUUUCCAAGUUCCAUAGCUAGUUUGUGCCAUAUAUAAAUGGAGGUACAUAUCGGUGUAACUUUUCAGCAAAGGGAGAUAACUGUAAAUGCAUGCAGGUAGGGAUAAGGUUACUGGAAGUGGUCUCCCAUGCAAAAAGUCUUGGUGUGAAAUAGUUCUUUAAAACUGGGUUUUGAUGUCCACAUUCUUCCUAAUCAGACAGCUGAGUUGGAACAUUUGUUUUGUGAUAACUUCCUCCCCCAAACUUGCAUUUUUCUAAAGUAUAAAGUUUCCUGAAAACUAUAAAGCCCCAGUUUGGGGUGUUUCCAAUUAUCAUGCAUUAGACAGUAAUUACUCACUUUGUCAUGAGUUUGGUUAAGAAUUUUAUGAUGUUACAUGAUAUACUGAAAAGAUAGCCUUAGAUGUCUCAAAAUCAAGUUAUGAAAUCUCUGCCUAGAGGUUGGGGAGGAGGGCAAUAAUUUCUGAUGAGCUAUGUUUCAGUUCUUUACUCCUCCUCAGAAAUCAGAUGCCCUAGAUUUCUUGUUUAGUGCAAGAGAGUGGAGUGGGAGUAUGAUGGGUCUUAACUACUCUAACUAUUGAAGAAGACACUUCUACCAAAGCCAAAAACACCUCUCCCUUGCUUGUCACAUCCUUGUAAACAGUUACAAAAACUUCUACAUUCAUUCUACUUACUAUUGGGUGCUGGGAGAAGCAGCUCCCUCCCCACAAAAGAAAUUUCUUGGCCGCGAGUGAUUUGAAUUCUAUUCACAAAGACAGGUAAUAAACACAAAUAAAGUAAAUUAGAUUGUAUGUUUGAAGGAAUAAGUGCUAUGAAAAAAAAUAAACUUUCGGUGAUAAAUACUAACUCCACUAGAGUUAUAAAGGAAGGGAAAGAGGAGCGAGCUACCAUUCUAAAUAGGAUGGUCGGACUACACCUCUUUUAGAAGAUGAGUGAUCUAUGUGGAUGUCUGGGUGCAGAGAACUGAAGAGAGACCAGCCCUUGCAAAGCCCUGCGGUGGGAGGAAUAUGCCUGGUGAACUCAAGGAAUAGCAGAGUGUAGGAGUAGGAGAGGGUAGGAGGGAAGGAGGCUAGAGAAAUAGUGGAAAAAGGGGGGCAUAAUUGUGUAGGCCAUUAUAAAAUUUUGGUUUCUUUUUACUGAGUCAAGUGGAAAAUCAUUAAUAGCUUAAAAAGCAAAAAAUGGAAAAAUAUAAAAAUAUGAUGAACUCCUAGGCACCUACCAGCCAUCUUCAAUAAUUACGAUCAGAGUCUUCUGUCAUCCAUAUACCCCGUCCUGUUUUCCUCCUUCUUGUUCCCAUAAACAUACUAGAUUAUUGAGGCAAAUGCCAGACAGCCUGAAAUUUCGAACCCAGGACUCAUUCUUAUGAAAAGUCUGAAUUUUGAUUUCUUUUGAAGCCUUUUCUAUUUGCGUUCUGUUUUUAAGCUUUUGUCAUUCCCCUCUCUGACUGUAAGAGUUGUCCUCUAGCUGCCUGCCUCCCUCCCUUUCCCCCCAAUCAAUUCUCCACUCAGGCUCACCCUAUAUCCACUCCACUUUCAUUCCCUGAACACUGGGUAUUAAAUAACAAACACCUCAUAGGUAACUGACAUGUCACUCUGGCCUGUACUUCCUCCUUGGAUCUCUUUUGCCUCUGCCCAGCCACUUGCUUCAACUAACCCAAUCCUUGGAUGUUUCUGAGUGUUCAAAAGGUACCCAGAAAAGACUUCUUGCUAAUUGUUUCAUCAGGAAGACUAUCCCUGCCACUCUAGCCCCAGAUUCUCCUGGGUUCCUUUUAUGGGGAAUUCUAGGAGUGUGGCGACCCAGCACCAGCUGUUAGGUCCUAGGGCUGGGUGUUGGCUGGAGUCUGGAACUGGUUUAAGGCAGGGCAGCUUCCUCCUCUAAGGUUGUUUUGGGUCAAGUGGCAUUGGAGGUAAAGCAGCUCCAGGCUGGUUUCUGUCUCCCAUUCUUAUUUUCUGACUUCAGAAUUGCUGCUUUAUUUAUUUAUUAUUUUAAAGAUUGAUUUAUUUUUAUACAAGAACCACGGUACAAGCCAGAUGCGCGGGAGGGUGAGAGGAUUCACCAGAGACAGAGCAGGGAGCAGAACGAGCAGACUGACUGAAAUACACUGCUGAGGGGAGCAGUGGGCAUGACAGGAGAGGUCUGUGUGCCAUGUGGGAUUCUCGCCUGCAGGCCAGGAUCGAACCCGCACUGCAGAGGCUGUGAACAGGCUGUGCCUCAACCCACUGAGCCAGCGGGGAGGCCCAGAAUUGCUGCUUUAAAAGAACAUGAAUUGUUUUCACUUUCAUGAAGUGUUCCAUUUCUGCUUGAUUACCAUGCUAUAUGAUAACUGUGCAUACUAUUAAAUAUAUCAGGCUAACCUGGUUAUAAAUUUCACUUAAUUUCAGUACUAAGCUCUGUUUCUAAAUGUGUAGUUUAGUUUGCCAUAUCUAUCUACAUUUGUAUUACUUAAAUCUAAAAAAUUAGAACUUCUUGCUCACUAAUAUCUGUUUAAAGAUAUAAAAUUAAUAACAACCAUCUAAAAUAUCAGGUCUGUUCUCUCCCUUUUAAAAAUUGGGAUACUUCUGUGCUCGCUUCGGCAGCACAUAUACUAAAAAAAUUGGGAUACUUCUUCAUUUUAAGGACUAUAUAACAUGGUUUUG